AAUAAACAAAUUUCUAAACAAAACAGUUACGGUUUCUUGUUUAAUUCUUGUUCGUUAUUGUUAUGUAGAUUUUUGUUACUUUUUAUCACUUAAAAGUAACAUUUUAAUUUAUAUGAAUGUUAUUUAAAUCAUAUCAAAAACAAUUUUUAUUAAAUAUCUGUAAAAUGUCCACAUUUGUUGAAGGAAAACUCUUGUAUCCAAAGGACCAACUUAAUUUAGACCUAACUCUUUUAGGUGGUCAAAGUUUUCGAUGGGAAAAACGUAUUAACGAAAAUAAAGAAGAAAAAUGGCAAGGUGUAGCUUUUGGAUGUUUCUGGGAAUUGGAUCAAACACCUACAAAAAUAAAUUUCAAAGCAUUUUCCAGCGAAAAGCAUCCCAAAGAAUUCUAUAUAAAAACUCUAAAGAAGUAUUUACGUUUAGAUUUUGAUUUGAAUGGAAAUUAUGAAAAAUGGAAGAAGGCUCAUAAAUACUUUGCAGAGACAUCAGAAGCCCUUAAAGCUGUCCGAGUAUUGGACCAAGAGCCGCUCGAAAACAUUCUUUCAUUUAUAUGCAGCCAAAAUAAUCACAUCAAAAGAAUAUCUACAAUGGUUCAAUGGUUGUGUUCCAAGUAUGGCAAAAAAAUAUGUUCAUACGAAGGCAACGAUUAUUAUUCUUUUCCUAGUUUAAGCUCCUUAUGUGAUCAUCAAGAUCAGCUUGAACCUGCUCUAAGAGAAGCUAAAUUUGGCUAUCGUGCUAAAUUCAUUGCUGGAAGUGUUAAAAAAAUACACGAGUCAGGUGGAUAUGAUUGGUUCGAUAAAUUAAGAAGUCUAUCAUUUAAAGAUGCUCGAGUUGAAUUGGUCACCUUACCUGGGAUUGGAUUUAAAGUUGCCGAUUGUAUAUGUUUGAUGGCUUUCAAUCAUUUGGAAUCGGUACCAAUCGAUACACAUAUUUAUAAAAUUGCACAAUCUUCCUAUUUACCACGUUUAAGUGGUAUUAAAUCUGUUACUCCGAAAUUAUACGAAGAAGUUGCUGAUCAUUUUCGACAAAUUUAUGGCGAUUAUGCUGGUUGGGCUCAAACGGUUUUAUUCUGUUCUAGUCUUCAAAAGUUUCAAGAAAUUAAAGGAAAACCCGCAGAGGAUAAAAAUACAUGCGUACCUGUUAAGAAACAAAAGAAAAAAUAAAGUCGACCUUUGGUAAAUCUUUGA